GUAUAAAAACUAACAACGGUGCGCCGUUAGAUCCCUCUUAUAAUGUGACUUUCAUUGGCCAAGAAAGUCAUGGACCAACUAAACACACCUAAAGUUAGUUCUUAUAACGUGUACAUGAGUACAUACAUCUUUCUUCUCUCUCUCUCUUGCUUAGCUUUCCAUUUCACAACAGCAGCAUGUUGAGUUUGGGAAAGAAGCUAAGCUAAGAUGGUGACUCCUAUUUUCUCCAAUUUUCAAUAAUUUUAUUAUUUUACCAACAGAAUCUAAACAAGAAAAGUCGGCUCAAUUUGAAAGAGUAAACUACAAGAAAGGAUGCAAUAAAAUACAAGUAAAAAAAAAAAAAACACUAUUUUUAGUAUGUAUAGUAAGAAUGCUUUAAUUCAAUGUGAAGGCUUCUCUCAAACUAGAUAAUUUUUUUUAUUAAUUAUUAUUUGGUUUGCCAAACAUUCUUUUAUCUAUACCCACCUUAUAAUAUAAAUUCCCAUUUUCUUCCUACCACUCCAUUUUUCUCCUCCAUGCAUACUACUACUACUACCCUCAGAAAGAGGAAAAAGAGGGUCCAAUUUCAAGUUGAAGGUUAUUGGAAUAUGUUGUAUGAUUUGCCUACGCCAUUACAAGUAGUUCAUCUUCAUCUUCUUCAUAUCAAUACUCAUAUCAACAUACUUUUAAUCUUUGUUGAUAAUCAUGCAAGGAGCUCAAAUUUGCCUUGCAAUUGUGGUUCUGGUUAAUUUCAUGCAAAUUUUGCAUGCUAAUUAUAUCACUACAUCAUCAUCUAUACAAUGGACAAGAAAUUCAGAGGAUGUCCAAGGCCCAUCACAAGAGGUGCAACUUCAUUAUCAAGACAACCAUAUUGUGUUGGACAACGGCAUAAUACAAGUGACACUAUUAAAUCCCGAGGGAAGUGUCACCAAAAUUCAAUACAAUGGCAUCGUUAAUUUGCUUGAAGAGCUCAAUGAUGAAUCCAACAGAGGGUAUUGGGAUAUAGUCUGGAAAGGCGAAGGAGUUACAAGAAAAAAGGGCAACUUGGAUAGGCUUGAUGCAACAGAUUUUAAGGUCAUUGUGGAGACAAGUGAACAAGUAGAGGUCUCAUUUACAAGAACAUGGAACUCAUCUCUUAAAACCAAACUUCCCCCUUUAAACAUUGACAAAAGGUUUGUUCUGCUUCGAGGUUCAUCUGGCUUCUACACUUAUGCUAUCUAUGAGCAUCCAAAAGACUUUCCGGGUUUUACUCUGACAAAUACUCGGCUUGCUUUUAAGCUCAACAAACUAUGGUUUAACUACAUGGCUAUGUCAGAUUACAGGCAAAGAAAACUGCCUCUUCCUGAUGAUCGUUCACCUAACAGAAGCGAGGCCUUAGCUUAUCCUGAAGCUGUUUUACUUACCGACCCAAUCGAGCCAGAGUUUAAAGGGGAGGUCGAUGACAAAUACCAAUACUCGGGUGAAGCCAAAGACAUCCAGGUACAUGGGUGGAUAUGCAGCAAUCCACCCACCGGACUCUGGCAGAUCAUUCCUAACAAUGAGUUCCGGUCUGCUGGACCAACCAAACAAUAUCUGACAUCCCAUGUUGGCCCGACUUCCCUCUCAGUACUCUUAAGUACUCAUUACUCGGGUCAAGAACUAAUGGCAGAAUUUAAAGAUGGAGAACCAUGGAAAAAAGUUUUAGGGCCUCUUUUUGUGUAUGCUAAUUCUGCGAAAAAUGAGAGUGACUCGCAGCAAUUAUGGGAGGAUGCUAAACAGCAGUUGAGUGUUGAGGCAAAGCGUUGGCCUUACACCUUUGCAGUUUCGGAUGAUUACCCAUCAGCUGACCAGCGUGGCAGCAUUAGUGGUAGUUUACUAGUCUAUGAUAGUUACCUGAAAACGAAUACUUCAGCAAACAAAGCAUAUGUAGGGUUUGCAGCUCCAGGAGACGUUGGAUCCUGGCAAAGAGAGAGCAAGGGAUAUCAAUUCUGGACAACAACAGAUGACAAAGGUCAUUUCACCAUAGAAAAUAUACGGCCUGGGAGCUACAAUCUCUAUGCUUGGGUUCCCGGCUUCAUAGGAGAUUACAAAUACAACGACAUAGUUGAUAUAACAGCAGGACAUGCUAUUGAUUUGGGCGAUCUUGUGUAUGAUCAUCCAAGAGACGGACCUAUAUUGUGGGAGAUUGGCAUACCAGAUCGUUCUGCUGCAGAAUUCUUUAUUCCUGAUCCUGAUCCAAAUCUUGUCAAUAAACUCUAUCUGACGCGUGACAGGUAUCGACAGUAUGGUCUAUGGCAAAGGUAUACAGAUUUGUAUCCUGACGAAGAUUUAAUUUAUACUGUUAAUGUUAGCACCUAUCAGAAAGAUUGGUUCUUCGCUCAAGUUACUAGGAACGUAAGCAACACGUAUCAAGGAACAACAUGGCAGAUCAAAUUCCAACUCGAUAAACUCAUCUCCUCUGGAACCUAUUACUUGAGACUAUCACUUGCAUCAGCAACUGAUUCAGAGUUACAGGUUAGGAUUAAUGAUCGACAUGAAAAUCCUCCGUUAUUCACAACAGGACUAAUAGGGCACGACAAUACGAUUGCUAGGCACGGCAUCCAUGGACUAUAUUGGCUUUACAAUGUGACCAUACCAGGCAACAAAUUAGUGCAGGGUAAUAAUACCAUUUUCUUGACACAAGUUUGGGGUCUUAGUCCUUGGAGAGGCAUUUUGUAUGACUACAUUCGUCUCGAAGCUCCUGUUGCUGAUGCCUACUAAUUCUUUAAUUGAUUAGGUUCAAAUUCAUUGCUUAUGCAUGUAAAUAUACAAAUUAAACACAUUUUUGUGGAAAAUAGGUGAUUGGAUUAGCUCUAUUGAGCUCAAAGAGAUAUAAUAGAAGAGAGAUUUACAUUAGUCUCUAA